AGGUGGAAGAGACAGAGAGAGAGUGCACACAGCAGCUGUCGGCAUCCCUGUCUCAGGGACUUCUUCGCUGAUUCACAGAGGCAGCUUAGCCGGGGCCUCCCAGCCUCCAGCUACCGCCUGCUUCGCAGACCUCACGGAAUCAGAAGGUGCUUGAUGCUCAACAGUUGGUCUACUGCCAGUCCUCACCCUCCAUGAGCCUUGGUUCUGAUGCAACCUUUGGUCAUGCAGGGAUGCCCUUACACCCUCCCACGAUGUCAUGAGUGGCAUGCUGCUGACAGGUUUCAUCACAGCCGCAGCCUCAGAAACACCUGUCCCCAGCCUCAGGUUAGAGCUGCGGUCACCAUCCCUGCACCCCCCUUGGGAUGGUGCCGGGGAUCCCUGCCUAAGUCCAAAGCUCCUGAACGGGUCGGUUGGAGCCAUUGGCCCCCUGGAACCAUCAGCCAUGAAUCUGUGUUGGAAUGAAAUAAAAAAGAAGUCUCACAACCUCCGCGCUCGCCUAGAGGCCUUCUCCGACCACAGUGGAAAACUUCAGCUCCCACUCCAAGAGAUUAUUGACUGGCUCAGCCAAAAGGAUGAGGAGUUGUCAGCUCAGCUGCCCCUGCAAGGGGAUGUGGCCCUGGUACAACAGGAGAAGGAGACACAUGCGGCCUUUAUGGAAGAAGUCAAGUCUAAGGGCCCCUAUAUCUACUCCGUCCUGGAAUCUGCUCAGGCAUUCCUGUCCCAGCAUCCAUUUGAGGAAUUAGAGGAACCUCACUCUGAGAGCAAAGAUACCUCCCCCAGACAGCGAAUUCAGAAUCUUAGCCGCUUUGUAUGGAAGCAGGCAACAGUGGCCAGUGAGCUCUGGGAGAAGCUGACAGCCCGCUGUGUGGAUCAGCAUCGCCAUAUUGAGCAUACGCUCGAACAUCUAUUGGAGAUCCAAGGCACAAUGGAGGAACUGAGCAGUACUCUGACUCAAGCCGAGGGAGUCCGAGCCACCUGGGAGCCCAUUGGAGAUCUCUUCAUUGAUUCUCUCCCAGAGCAUAUCCAAGCCAUCAAGCUAUUCAAAGAAGAAUUUUCUCCUGUGAAAGAUGGAGUGAAGUUAGUGAAUGAUCUGGCCCACCAACUGGCCAUUUCUGAUGUGCACUUGUCAAUGGAGAAUUCAAGGGCUCUGGAACAGAUCAACAUCCGGUGGAAACAGCUCCAGAUGUCAGUUGGUGAGAGGCUUAAGCAGCUCCAGGAUGCCCACCGGGACUUUGGGCCUGGGUCACAGCACUUCCUCUCCACUUCUGUCCAGGUUCCCUGGGAAAGAGCAAUUUCUCCCAAUAAAGUUCCCUACUACAUCAACCACCAGGCACAGACCACUUGCUGGGACCAUCCCAAGAUGACUGAGUUAUACCAAACCCUAGCUGAUCUGAACAACAUUAAGUUCUCAGCUUACCGGACUGCCAUGAAGCUCCGCAGAGUCCAGAAGGCCCUGCGCCUGGAUCUGGUAACUUUGACUACAGCUCUGGAGAUAUUUAAUGAGCAUGAUCUGCAGGCCAGUGAACAUGUGAUGGACGUGGUGGAGGUCAUUCACUGCCUGACUGCCUUGUAUGAACGGCUGGAGGAGGAAAGAGGCAUCCUGAUCAAUGUGCCGCUGUGUGUAGACAUGAGCCUCAACUGGCUCCUCAAUGUUUUUGAUAGUGGUCGCAGUGGAAAGAUGCGAGCGUUGUCCUUUAAGACUGGCAUCGCAUGCCUGUGUGGCACCGAGGUGAAGGAAAAGCUCCAGUACCUCUUCAGCCAAGUGGCCAAUUCAGGCAGCCAGUGUGACCAACGCCAUCUUGGUGCCCUGCUUCAUGAAGCCAUUCAAGUGCCCCGUCAGCUGGGUGAAGUGGCAGCAUUUGGGGGCAGCAAUGUGGAGCCCAGUGUCCGUAGUUGCUUCCGUUUUAGCACUGGCAAGCCAGUCAUUGAAGCUUCCCAGUUCCUAGAGUGGGUCAACUUGGAGCCCCAGUCUAUGGUGUGGCUGGCCGUUCUACAUCGGGUCACCAUUGCUGAGCAAGUAAAGCAUCAGACCAAGUGCUCUAUCUGUAGGCAGUGCCCCAUCAAGGGGUUCAGGUACCGGAGUCUGAAACAGUUUAAUGUGGAUAUCUGCCAGACCUGCUUCUUGACAGGCAGGGCCAGCAAAGGCAAUAAGCUGCACUAUCCCAUCAUGGAGUAUUACACACCGACCACAUCCAGUGAAAACAUGAGGGACUUUGCCACAACCUUAAAGAAUAAAUUCCGCUCAAAGCAGUAUUUCAGCAAACACCCUCAGCGAGGUUAUCUGCCUGUGCAAUCAGUGCUGGAGGCUGACUGCAGUGAGACACCUGCAUCUUCCCCGAUGUUGCCACAUGCUGACACGCACUCUCGAAUUGAGCAUUUUGCCAGCAGGCUUGCUGAGAUGGAAAGUCAAAAUUGUUCCUUUUUUAAUGACAGCCUGUCCCCGGAUGACAGCAUAGAUGAGGACCAGUACCUGCUGCGGCACUCUAGCCCCAUCACAGACAGGGAGCCAGCCUUUGGACAGCAGGCUCCAUGCAGCAUGGGGACAGAAAGCAAGGGCGAGCUAGAGAAGAUCCUGGCCCAUUUAGAAGAUGAGAACCGGAUUCUCCAGGGAGAGCUGAGGCGCCUGAAGUGGCAGCACGAGGAAGCAGCUGAGGCCCCCACCCUGGCCGAGGGCUCCACUGAAGCAACUCCGGACCACCGCAACGAGGAGCUUCUGGCUGAAGCCAGGAUCCUGCGACAGCACAAGAGCCGUCUGGAGACCCGGAUGCAGAUCCUUGAAGACCACAACAAGCAGUUAGAGUCUCAGCUGCAACGACUGAGGGAGCUACUCCUGCAGCCACCUACUGAAUCAGAUGGCAAUGGCUCUGCAGGCUCAUCCCUAGCAUCCUCUCCACUCCAGUCAGAAGGCAGUCAUCCCCGAGAGAAGGGCCAGACUACUCCAGACACUGAGGCAGCAGAUGAUGUGGGGUCAAAGAGUCAGGAUGUCAGCCUAUGCUUAGAAGACAUCAUGGAGAAGCUCCGCCACGCCUUUCCCAGUGUGCGAAGCUCUGAUAUGACUGCCAAUACCCUGCUGGCCUCUUGAUGGAGUCAGAUCCCCAUCCUGUAGUCCAUUUCUUUUCCUGAUUCCUGUCCAUGCCUUCCCUCACCCUUUGUCCAACCUUUCCAGUACCCACUGGCCCCACAUUACUCAACCAGAGAUAUGUGGACCUGGGGCAGCGGCAGGGAGCUGAUGGUAUGUGAGAUGUGGCGGGGGAUGGGGGAGGACAAGUGAGCUUCCUCAGUCCUUAAGAUUGAGUCUGGCCCUUGUGCUAUCCUGCUGUUGCAGCCCAGGCAAAGGUAAAUCACACCUGUCAUCCAGAUGAGGAGCAGAGGAUAACCUUGCAGAGCUAAGCAGUACCCACUGACCCCUUUCUCUUCAGCAUGGAAUCACGGAGGGAAAAGCCUAAUGUCCCUAGGGUGUCUGCAUUAUGGAUCCCCGGAGGGGUUAGUCCUGCUCUCUGGCCCCAUUGAUAGAGGCAAGUGGGUAUCCCUGAGACACCUCUCCAAAGUGCCCCUGAGAAAAGUCUGGGCAACAUAAUAGAACUAUUACUUCAGCUACAGAGCAUAGUUCUCACCUUCAGGAUUCUAGCUACAUGUUUCUUACUCAAGUAUCUUCAGUUUCUCCUGCCUCCGAAUCCAUUGUGGGCGUGCUUCCACCCUGUACUUGGAAACACUAAAGAAAUUCUUGUGGGUUUAUAUUUUCCCACGAUCCUCUUGUUUCUUUAAGACCUUGGCAUCCCAAGAGACUCCUUGAGAUGCUCAGGAACGCUUCUGAAGCCACUCUUUGGUCUUCUGAGUCCGUCCUCACAGAUCUGGGGCAGGAGUGGCAGCAUCUUCAACAAGGAUGCCUCUCUCUCUCUGUCUCUGUCUGUCUGUCUCUCUCCCCUUGGGUGUGAAAGGAAAAGAAACCCUCUAUCUUAGGGGAGUGUGAGCCUACCACUCUCCAGGCUAUAACCAUUGGAUAGCUUAGGCUGGAUUAGAUGAGGUGGCUGAUUAGCCCCAGCUAUUCACUGGAAAGUUAAAACUGACCAGCCAGAAUAGUGGUCCCUACCUAAAUGCUACUAGACUUGAAUCAGAAAACUGGCCACAUUCCACUCAGCUAGCAGCAAGGUCUUCCUGUGCAUAAAACUGUUGCUAACUCUGAAAUGUGAGCCCAGUCCUCAAAAUGAACUAACUUUUUCUAGACUGUAUAUACCAUGAUUCCUUUGUCCAGCAACUGUUCAAAAUUGAGUGUGGAGGUGGGAAGAGUUGGCUGGGGAACUUGGAACAGAGACAAAGUCCACUUGGGCUACUUUCUACAGAGAGCUUCUGCCCCAGAGCCUUGCAAUUGACUAAAUUUUGUUUAUCCAUACAUGCAUACCUACUCUACAUAUCUACUGUACAUCAGUGCUCUCCCAGCCUCACUCACACAUUAAAUUCUAAUACUUCUUGAAGAAUUAGUGCUCUGCCUUGCUCUUUGAUAGCCUCAGUCUCUGGUUGGGAAGAUAGAUACACCCUGGCUGUGCCCCGACGAUGUUUCUCUUCAUUGAUAUUUGAGGUGAGCUGACCUUAAGACCAAAGCAAUGGAAGUCUGUGGCCACAGAGUAAUCAAACAUGAAGAGACAUUGUGUUCUCUUCACUAAUUCCAAACUUUAUUCCACCGAGACUUGGGCCUUGGGACUUUUUUUUCUGGCCACCCCUAAACAAUGAUUAAGGAACUAAAAUAGAGCACAUCUAACCUUUACCCACUCCACACACAAAAAAGGCACAAAAGAUGUAUUUUAGCCUUUGCCAGGCUAAGACACAGAGUACAUCCUAUGGUCCCCUAAGUUCCUAAGGUCUGGAUCAUGACCUUACAGAAUGAAAUGGCUGCCACCAAGGUCAGGAGGGAGUGAGAUGAUUGGAGGUCUGUGUUAUAAAUCAAACCUUGACUAACAUACAGAAAUGCUAGGAACCUAGACUGAUUGAUUCCAGGGAGGAAGAGUGGUAGCUUGUCUCGAGAAGCCAAGAUUGCAUUCUCCCCAACCCAGGCGUAGGUUCAGGGUAUCUGCUUAUAUGGUAAGCAUUUGGGAAGCAAGCAUCACACACAGAAUCAGGUCAUUCUCAGAAUGAGACAUGUUUGUAGAGUCCUAGAUUGUGGGCAGUAUUCAGACAAAUUUGACAUGGAGCAGGGGACUCAAAAACUGGGAAAUAUGUGCCUCCCUAUGCCUCAGGGGGACAGAUGCAAUAGAACAGUUUUUAUGAGGAGAAUCCUUUUGUUAUUCCCCACCCACUCAAGAGCUCUUAGGCUGCUGAGGGUCUGUGACAACUACAUUGGGCUAGACUUGGUAGAAAAGAUGUUGAUCUCGUUACGUAGGAUUUGUGCUGGAGGUAGGCCGAAGCAGCAGGUCAUGGUUGAAGCCUCACUAAGGGAGUCACUGGCACUUUGCCAUCUUGUGUUUACCUGCAAUGCCUGAGGUGAGUAUAUUGUUCAAGGGCCAGUAGCAGUAACUGCUGCAUACGUAGGCAGUUUGCAUGCAGUGAUGAAAAUGGUUCCUUGGUCAGUCCACACUGGGCUUGAAUUUAGCAAAAUGUGUUCUAUGUUUUGGGAUAAGUUGUGUGUUGUAGCUCCUAAAGGAGUCUUGUGUAAUGUAUGACCCUAGACUGGAAGGUAGUGUGUGAGUUGCUGGGUUAGUAGCCUAAGGAAAACCUUCUGACUUAUGAGAUUACUAUCAGUGAUGAGGAAUGUGUUUACUGGACUUGUCAUCAAAUAGUGUAGGCAAUUUAUUCUGGACAGAAUUCGAUGGGGAACAAUAAGCCAUUGGGAAGGUAGCUGUGUUUUCAGUUAGAGCAGAGUAGAUUCACAUUAAUUGGCAGCUGUUAGGGAAGGCUGACUGGCUGGAAGACAUAAGGCUGCUGUACAUAGUUCCCUAGAAAGUUUUCCACCCAGGAGAAAAUGUACCCCUCUCUUCAGAAUGCAAAAAUUGGAAUAAAGGCUCUCAGUGUCUCUCGCAAGACCCAGAAUGAGGCAGUCUUUCCCUGUGGAGAAACCUGAUUGAGAUUUCGUGUGUUCUGUGAACCGGUCUGGCAGACCACAAAUGUUAAAAACAAACUCAGGAAAGGCAGAGGCCAAGCCUGGGAGAUCAGAUUAGUUUUAAGAAAUAUCCUUGCUUCCUGGGGUAUAUGUUUUAAAAGGGUUUGGGGGUUCCAUGCCCAGCUUCAGGCUAGAGCAUUCUUUGAACUCAUAUUUUCAGUGGUAGAUCUGGGACUAUUUUCUGUCAGUAAUUCCAUCCAGUUUCCCUUGAUACUGUGGACAGAUAACUAGCAAAAUUGCUGCCUUGUUAUGAACAGUCCUGGGAGAAAGCCUGGAGACGUUACCCUAAGGCUGUGGAAACUUAGCUCCUCAGUUGGGUAGCCCAAUCUGUGGGCCUCCCUGCAGAAACCUGGUGCUUGGAACAGAGAAAGACUUCUCACUGUUUUAACACUUGUGACUGUGGGAGAAGGGAAGACUCAAGGCCAGGGCUCCUCUCCCAGUGGCCUCCUCCUCUUUUAGAUGCCAUAUUUGAAAGGAGACCUUAUGAAUGUCCUUGCUGUUCUCAAGACAGUGAUAAGGGCAGACUGAAGUCUGCUGUGCUGUUUACUGGCUGCAAGAAUGGAUCAAAAGGAUGAAAAUUAGGGGCAGGAUUCCGGGGGAGGGGAGGUGUCAAGUAUGGCAUGCAACUGUAUAAAAGUUUGGGAUGAAGGGUUGGGGCUAGGAGCAAAUGGGUUAACUUCAGUUGCCACUCACUGUGGUGCUUUUCCCAUUUUAUCCUUGAAUUCUGCUUUAAAAAGAAUAAAUUUGUAUUUGUUUA